GGGUUGACAUGUCUGAAUGAGGAAGUAGUGACGGGGAUCACAUGGGAGUGGACGCUUGGCCGUUACCUCAUCAGCCUCUCUCAAUGAGGAAGAAAAAGCCUCGUGGAUGAUGAGGGUGAAGAGGAUGAAGAUUUGGCACAGGCAAGCUUACACAAUGGACAUGAAGAUCAACCUGACUUCCAUUGCUUUUCUGCUGUCAGCAUUGUUAAAUGUGUCAAAGGCUAUAGAACCUCACACUCCAACGCCUGGUGGCGAGCCAGAGUUCACCAGUAUAGCUGACCCAUUUGUGACUAUUUUAAACCAAAGCAUCAUCACCAUCAAUUCCCAGAAUGUCAGUACCACCAGACCAGAAGGAAGUAGCUUUACAGUAUUGAUGCAAGUUUCCAGUGAGGGGACAACAGAGAGGGAGCUGACAUUUGCACCAGUCACAGUGACAUCCUCUCCUACCACCACAAAGAAAAACACAAAAAACGGGACCUAUCAACCUCUUGCCUGGGAUCCAGCUUGGGAUAGAGAUUUUACAUAUGAUUAUUGGUCUUUGCAAGUAGUAGGACUGUCCAUCGCUGGAGCUCUCUUCCUAAUCGGCCUCAUGGUCUUUGGCUGUGGUAAGGUAUGUCGGCUUCCCAAGUGUCACAAGAGGUCAUCGAAGUCUUAUAGACUGAAGCAAAGAAACCAAGAGAUACUAUUGUCAUAAAAGACUACUGGUACAGUAUAACCAAUAAAAUGGAACUGGGUCCCAAAUGCCCAAUUGACAUUGUGAUGUGUGUUUAACACACAAUACAUUGUGUUGAAUUGUGUUCACAAACCAAAAAGUGGUACUAUAUUUUUCUCUGUUUCCUUAUUCAUUUCAAUAAAAUACAGGAUGAUACAAAUUUACCCGUGUCAAAUGACAAGUUGGCAAUUUCGUCCAGAGCACACGUGGAUGUAAACCUGGCGCCUUUUUUAUACAGACAUAAUUGUUUUAAUGGUGUGACAUGAAUGAUAGCUCAAAAAUGAAUGAUAGGCACAUUGCCUUCAUUACCUUGGUGACGUGACGUCAAACACGAUGCAAAUGGGUGAGGACAAAACAAAAAGAGCACGAACACAUUUUAAAACACUAUUUAAGGACAUGUUCCAAAUGAUAUCUGAACAAAACACAUUCCAGAUGCACAAACAAUAUAACUUUUCUUAAUCCUUUAAUACAUCUUGUUUAUAGGAUCGUGUACUUUAUUACCUGUUGGAAAAAAACAAAAAACAAAUGCUGAUACAAAAUAACUCAUACACAAAUAAAACAAAACAUAUAAACAGACAUUCACCCUUAUGUCCUGAUUUUAUCUUUUUGAUAAAUAUUUUACAAUCAUAUUAGUCUACAACUAACAUCAAUGAAAUGCUUUCAACCAAGGGUGCUGAAUAAAAACAAAAAACAA